UUGAGACAGAUGGCAGCAAGGACGCUGCUGGAUUCUUGCGACUCUUCGAUGGACUUUUCAUUUUCCCGGACCGCGCUGAUUGUGGUUCGCACGUACGUAUAGUAGUAGUUUUCGACUUGACUUCAACGAGCAUCUGACGACAUGAUGAGAUCCCUGCUGCUUUUGUGCUGGGCCGCGACGAUCGUAUCAGCUGGCCUGCAGAACGUCAUCAAUAACACAAGUGUUUCUAUCAACUCGGCCGGCGACAAUGUAGCUCCAAAUGUGUUAAAACCCUCUGAACUAGGAUCUUUAUCAUCGACCGAAAAAGAUGCACAUGUGCCAUCCAUUCCACCCGAAUCAAAUACAAAUUCAAAUGUAACUUCAAGGGCUCCUGAAAAUGUAUCUUUAAAUGAUUCUGCUGCAAUAACCCUACCAACAAUUGUAAUAACUACAACAUCUAAGCCAACUACAUCAACUACAUCUAAGCCAACUACACCAACUACAUCUAAGCCAACUACACCAACUACAACUAAGCCAACUACACCAACUACAACUAAGCCAACUACACCAACUACUACAACAUCUACAACAUCUACAACUAAACCAACAACAACACCUAUACCUAGUACAACCACACCAACACCGACACCACUUCCACCCCCCAGUACUGGAACAUGGAAAGUUCAAGAGAACAAUACAUUCUGCAUUAUAGUUCAAAUGGCUGCACAAUUCAAUGUUUCUUAUAUUAAUGCCAACAAUAAGACAAUCCACAAAGCAGUGGAUAUACCCACAAACAGUAGUGUGACAGGAAAAUGUGGUAAAUUUGAACAAAAUCUAACAUUGUCAUGGGGAUUGCAGAAUAAUUCUGCAUCUAACCUUACUGCUCAAAAUAAUUUCACAUUACAUUUUGUAAAGAACGAGACGGAAAAGCUUUAUUCUCUUCAUCAUUUAGAAAUCUCUUUGGUGAUAGAAAAAUCUUCGACUGAUAAGUCAAAUCAAACUAUGACGGUGAUACAUAUGGCACCACAGUUUAAUACUGGAUUGAGCAACUCUUACAGAUGUCUAAAAGAACAGUCCUUGAACUUAACUUCCAAAAAUGAAACUGUAGGGCAAUUGAAAGUAUCCCAUUUGCAAUUCCAAGCUUUUAGAAAUGACAAUACUACCGUUUUUGGCCUAGCCAAAGACUGUUCGUUCGAUACGCCUGACAUCGUUCCUAUAACAGUAGGUUGUGCAUUGGCGGGUUUGGUGGUAGUUGUAUUGAUUGCAUACCUUGUUGGCCGCAGACGAAGUCAGUCUCGCGGUUAUCUUAGUAUGUAAGCAGAGUUUUGUGAAAUUUCUUUUUUUUUCUCUUUUUUUUUUUAAAUUGUUAAAUUCAUUUUUUAUGCGAUGUUCCGUUAAUGGAAUCGAUUGUCUUAUUGAGAAUUUAUAAUAGUUGUACUUUUUGUGUUCUAUAGCCAUGAGGGCUGUGACACAGUUAAGGAAAGAAAAAGUAUAGUUUAUACAUUUAUAAAGUUAUCUCGAUGUGCGGAAAAGGGGGGCAAUAUUAAAAAAUGCGUUAUCGAUAUGUAUCGCAAAGCGGUUUAAAAUCGAUAUUCGAGAGUGGAUAAUAAUUUCGAAACAACAUGCUCUGUUCCAAAACGACGAUACUCUAACGACAUAGGAAUGAAUUAAUAUAGAUAAGUUGUGUGAGAUCUGCAUUGUAUCUGCACUGCUAUUACUUUUGAUUAGCAGUGACGAUUGUUUGAAUUUCCAUAAACAUUUUAUAAUGUGGAAUGAGAAUAAGGAACAAGUUCGUUUUGAUCGACACAUAUGAUGCUAAAAACCUAGAUAUUCAUGCUGGAUCUAUAUAACUUCACCUAACAAAAGGCAUUGUAACACGAAGUUUUCCUUUUUUUUUCUUUUUUUUUUUCUUAAUUAUUUUCCUGACUUUUUAAUUUUACUACGAUGCGAUAUUCCUCUAUACUUUAUAUGUACAUCGAUAUUUCUGUGUUUGCGUUCGUACAUGAAUUCUUUUUAUUAAAAUGUACUGUGAAGUAAUAUCAGUUGUUUAUAUAGCCCUAAGUAUGCAUGCGUGAGCGUACCAGGAAUAGUAUGAAGGAGCACGAGCUUCUAUCAGUCGAUUUAAAUUAAAUUAAAGUUUGUGCUUCACUUAACUUGAAAUAAACACGCAACUUAGAUACUACAAACAGUGCAAUCUUCUAGAUGUAAAAAUUCAUCAGUUAACAUUAAGUAGAAUAAAACGUAAUCUCAAAAAUGAUAGAUCAAUUCCUAUAUAUAAAUUAUAUAGGGAAAUUUUACAGAAACUUCGUUUUCUGAAUGAACGUAUGUUCUAUUUAAUGUAAAUGAUAGUCUUGAAAAUAAAUAUGUACUACACUGCUUAUAGAGAGGCACUGAUUUUAAUGAUGGAUUUAAUGAAAAGUAUUUUUACAGUCGCUGUUGCUUUUGAAAAGUUUUAUCUAAAAGAUAAUGCGAGGAUAUACAGGGAGAUCUAAUGUUUGUAUAAAAGAAAAAAAAAAGAAAAAAACAAAUGGAAUUUCAGAGUUUAACAAGGAUUUCGCGUGUGCACCGUGCUGCUUCAUAAGUACUAUAUUGUGAAAAGACUGAAUGUGAAAGCAAAUAGUGAGAGAGAAGCGAAAGUGGAAACAGGGCAAAAAGAGUUAAGUAACAAAUAUAUAUAUAUAUAAUUGAAUAAAGCGCUGUGUGUACAUAUAAAACAAAGUAGUAAAAUACUACUUUUGGAUUAUAUAAGUACAUGUAUUACAAAUAGGCAAAAUUGACAUUAUUAUCAAUAAAGGGAAUAUUUCAAAA